GGGGGCGGGGCGGGAGCCUCGCUUUAAGCUCCGUGCCGCGUCACACUCUCCGCUCCCGUUCAGUCCGAGCAGCGCGCGUCCUGGGCGGUUCUCAGAGGUGCUGCCAGGACUUACUGGACCCCGAAGACCAUCCCUGGCCUUGGGCUGACCGUCCGUCUCCCCUUCCGAACCGUGGGAAGGAAGGGUAUCCGGCUUCCCACAGGCUGUAGCUCUCACGUUCUUGACUUCUCGGCAAACGCUCAGUAGCAAUUCAACGAGUGCGGACUCGUCUCGCACCGACUCCGUCUCGGCGCCGUCUCUCUCCUCCAGACAGAUCCGUGACGUCCCCGCUCGAAGGACGCCAUGCUCUCCAAACUGGCCCGUUUCCAGACCGUCGCUGGGCUCUGCCGGGGGGUCCACUCGUCAGCGGCUUCUGUUGCCUCGGUUGCGACUAAGAAAACGGCCCAGGGCCCCCCGCCGUCCUCCGAUUAUGUGUUCGAGCGGGAAGCCAAGUAUGGGGCGCACAACUACCACCCCCUACCCGUGGCCCUGGAGAGAGGGAAAGGUAUUUAUGUGUGGGACGUGGAAGGCAGGAAGUAUUUCGACUUCCUGAGCGCUUACAGCGCUGUCAACCAGGGGCACUGCCACCCGAAGAUCGUGGACGCGCUGAAGGACCAGGCCGACAAGCUGACCCUGACGUCCAGGGCUUUCUACAACACCGUCCUCGGGGAGUACGAGGAGCACGUGACGAAGCUGUUCAACUACCACAAAGUUCUCCCGAUGAACACGGGCGUGGAGGCCGGGGAGACGGCGUGCAAGCUGGCCCGGCGGUGGGGGUACAGCGUCAAGGGCAUCCCGAAGUACAAGGCGAAGAUCAUUUUCGCAGCCGGAAACUUCUGGGGUAGAACCAUGUCCGCGAUCUCCAGUUCCACAGACCCGACCAGUUACGACGGGUUCGGGCCGUUCAUGCCAGGCUUCGAGAUUAUUCCGUACAACGACCUGCCAGCCCUUGAGCGCGCACUUCAGGAUCCAAACGUCGCCGGGUUCAUGGUGGAGCCGAUUCAGGGCGAAGCGGGUGUCAUCGUUCCGGACCCAGGCUACCUGAUGGGCGUGCGGGAGCUCUGCACGCAGCACCAGGUUCUGUUCAUCGCCGAUGAGAUACAGACGGGGCUGGCCAGAACCGGCCGCUGGCUGGCCGUGGACCACGAGAACGUCAGACCUGACCUGGUCCUGCUGGGCAAGGCUCUUUCUGGAGGCUUGUACCCUGUGUCUGCGGUCCUGUGCGACGAUGACAUCAUGCUGACCAUCAAGCCCGGGGAGCAUGGCUCAACGUACGGGGGCAACCCUCUGGGCUGCCGCGUGGCCAUCGCCGCCCUGGAGGUUCUGGAGGAAGAGAACCUGGCCGAGAAUGCCGAGAGGAUGGGCGCCCUCCUGAGGAACGAGCUCAUGAAGCUGCCCUCCGACAUUGUCACCGCCGUGCGCGGCAAGGGCCUGCUGAACGCCAUCGUCAUCCGCGCCACCAAAGACUACGACGCGUGGAAGGUGUGCCUGCGGCUCCGAGACAACGGGCUCCUGGCCAAGCCGACGCACGGCGACAUCAUCCGGCUGGCCCCGCCGCUGGUGAUCAAGGAGGACGAGAUCCAGGAGUCCGUGGAGAUCAUCAACAAGACCAUCCUGUCUUUCUGAGGGUGGCGGCGGCGGCGGCUUCCCGCGGGGCCCGGGGCCGGCCGGGCACCAGGUGCUCGGGGACAUCCCGCCCGGGAUCCUCUGUGUUCCUGCUCUCGGAGCAGGCACAUUCCACUCCCCUGUGUCCUCAAGGACUCGUGUUUUUUUUUAACGUGUGCAUUUUUCAGUUCACGUGUGCCGGCAUGGCCGGCGUGGCCGUGCAGUGUGCCGUGUCAGAGAGCGGCGUCCGCGUUGGACACCGCAGCGUGUUCGUGAGCUUCCUGAGGGGGGCGCACCUGCCUGUCCGUGCACGGGCAGCCUCCUGAUCAAGCCCCGUGCGACCUAUUUACGUUUUUAUAGUUUCCCAGCUGGUGUAAAUGUAUUAUGUUUAAAAAGUUAUAUACGAGACUGGUUUUACUGGUUUAACCUUAUGAAGCUGAAUCAUAGUCAUUGAAUUUUAGGAAGGAUGAAAUGGUUAAGCUUAUUAUGUAAACUAGUAGAUUGAAAUAAAGUUCGUAUUAGCCCACACC